AGCAAUACUAAUGAAGCUAGCAGUACUUUUCCUCACUGCUAUUCAACAGUAAACCCUCUUUGCUGAACUUUGCAGCAUCUCUCUCUUUCUCUCUCUCGCACUCUCUCUAUCUCUCUCUCUCAGCUCUUAGAAGCUUUCACUGCUUGUCACUGGUCUUCUGUGUUGUGUGGAUCUCUGGACCAGAGGCUUGAAUCUCAUCAUGUGGCUGCUGAUGUUUGUGGCGUGGUCCUUGGCCUGUGCCGGGGGAACCUACUGGUACCUCUUUGGGAAGCCGAGCCUGUUCUCUCUGGAGUCACUACGGCCCAAAGAGUCACUAGAACCGGACCAGGAGAAGAGGAACAGGCUGCUGCUGAAAGCUAUUGGAGGCUUCUGCUGUCUGUCACUGGUCUGCUAUGUGGGUCUCUGGAUCAGAAGCUUGACCCUCAUCAUGAAGCUGCUGCUGUUUCUGGUGUCUGGGUCCUUGGCCUGUGCUGGCGGAACCUACUGGUACCUGUUUCUGAAGCCCAGCCCGUUCUCUCUGGAGUCACUGCGGCCCACAGAACCACUAGAAGUGGACCAGAAGAAGAGGAACAAGGUGCUGAAGAAAGGUUUCAGUAGGGAGAGAAUCCCUGAGAACCUGGAUGCUAUCAUCAUCGGCAGCGGUCUCGGAGGCCUGACUACGGCUGCUUGUAUGGCCAAAAAGGGGAAGAGGGUGCUGGUUCUAGAGCAACAUGACAAUGCUGGUGGAUGCUGCCACACCUUCACGGAGAAAGGCUUUGAAUUUGAUGUUGGCCUGCACUACGUCGGUCAGCUGCAUAAGAACAGCCUGAUGCGGAUUGCCUUUGACCAGAUCACCGAGGGUCAGCUGGAAUUUGUGACCCUGCCCCAGCACUUUGACACCGUCCACAUUGGUCAGGGGGAGGAGCACCGAGAGUAUAGCUACUACAGCGGGAAGACCGAGAUGGAGGCCAACAUGAAGAAGCAGUUCCCAGAUGACACCAAGGCUGUUGAGGAGUUCUUCAGAGUCAUGAAGGUCUCUGCCAGGAAGACCUUCUACCUGGGCCUCCUGAAGCUCAUCCCUCGCUGGCUGGCCCUCUUUUUUCUCAAGUCCGGCAUCGCUGACCGCUGCUCUUCCGUCUUCCGUCUGGCCACCACUGGUGUCACCACCUGGGCUGACCAGCUGACCGAUAACAAGGACCUCCAGCUCAUGUUCAACUACCUCUUCAUUGGUGAUCGCCCUAGAGACUGUAGCCUCUUCAUGAAUGCCCUCCUCAUCCACCACUACAAGCGUGGAGCCUACUAUCCUAGAGGGGGCGCCAGUGAGAUCCCCUACCACAUCAGCAACACCAUCCGCAAGUAUGGCAGUGAAGUGCUGGUGAGAGCUCCGGUCACUCGAAUCCUGUUGGAUAAAGAUGGCGCUGCCUGUGGUGUGGCAGUGAGGAAGGGCCAAGAGGUAGUGGAGGUGAAAGCACCCAUCGUGAUCUCCAACUGUGGCCUCUUCAACACCUUCAAGUACUUGCUACCUCCUCAGAUUCAGAUGAAACAUGAUAUCCAGACGCGUGCCCAAAUGAUGAAACCUGGCAAAGCUUGCGUGCUCCUCUUCUGUGGUUUCGAUGCCACUGCUGAAGAGCUCGACAUCACGCCAACCACUUUAUGGCUCUUCAAGGAAAACGACAUAGACAUAUCGAUGGAUAAAUUCUUUGUUAUGAGCAAAGAUGAGGCCCCUGACAAUGUUCCCAUGGUGUUCAUCACCUUCCCAUCUGCCAAAGACACCUCCUCACAGAUCAGACACCCAGGUAAAUCCUGUAUGACUGUUCUGACCAUGGUGAACUACGAGUGGUUCGAGGAGUGGAAGGACUCAACGGUUAGGAAGAGAGGAGAUGACUACACAGAGUACAAGAACAGAUUCGCUGACCACCUCUUUAACUGGACCUCGCGAGCAGGCAUUUCCCUAAGAUCAAAGACAAGGUGGUGUACCAGGAGAUAG